CCGGCCCGCCCUCCGUCCUGAGCUCUCCUCCCGCUCGCCGUUAGGGAGGCUCCGCGCCUCAGCUGCUGCCCGGGUUGCCGCUCCCGCCCCUUUUCCCGCGUCUCCUCCGCCACCACCGCUGGGGAUAGCCGAGGGUCGUUACCGGGCUGGCCCCGCGCCGCAGCCGCUGCGUUAUCUUUCCGCCAGCGGCCGCCUCAGGAAGAGACCCGCUGGCCGCGGAGCUUCGUGGGGCCUCCGUUCUCGCCCCGUUGACGUCGCCGCGGGUCCUGGAGAAGCGGCCGCGGCCGGGGAACGGGGCUUCGCUGUUCCAACGAUUAACUGCUGAAGUGCUGAUCGAGUUCUGCGUUUCUUCAAUGAGGAACUACAGGCUGAUCUUCUGCCAUAAUCUCAAACAACCAUAAAUGACAAAAAAAUGUUUGCUCACUGAGGGUAGCUGGUGCAGAAGACAUUUUUUAAACUUAGGUGUUUAAAUACUCAGAGAAAAGACAGCUUUGAUUUCUGGCUGCAAAAAAGAUAUGAGGAAGAGCUCCUCCCCUUCCUUGAGUAACUGCAACUCCGUUCUUGCUAACAAAAUAUUUGGAAUUCCACUUGAUGAGCUGCAGCAGGGAGGACAUCCAGACAAUGAGGUUCCGUUCAUAGUCCGCCACGUUGUGGACUAUAUUGAGGAACAUGGAGGUCUGGAGCAACGAGGACUUUUUCAAGUCAAUGGAAAUGCUGAGACAGUGGAGUGGCUUCGGCAGAGAUACGACAGUGGAGAAGAGGUGGACUUGGUUAAGGAAGCAGAUGUUCCCUCAGCUAUUAGUCUUCUUAGGUUUUUCCUUCAGGAACUUCCUGAACCUGUUAUUCCUGGAAGUUUGCAUAUUCACUUAAUGCAGCUCUCUCAAGAUUAUAAUAAUGAAGAUGAAUUUGGAAGAAAGUUGAGGUUCCUCUUGCAACAGCUUCCACCUGUUAAUUACAGUUUGUUAAAGUUUCUGUGUAGAUUUUUAGCUAAUGUAGCAUCACAUCAUGAAGAAAUUUGGUCUGCAAAUUCUUUGGCUGCUGUCUUUGGUCCAGAUGUCUUUCACAUUUACACAGAUGUGGAAGAUAUGAAAGAGCUAGAAAUUGUAAGCAGGAUAAUGGCGGGACUUCUGGAAAACUACUAUGAGUUUUUUGAGAAUGAAGAGGAAGAUUUUUUAUCAAAUGAUUUGAGUUCAAUUACUGAACAGGUUAAUGAACUUUCUGAGGAAGAAGAUGAAAAGCUGGAACAUAUAGAAGAACUUCCAGAAGAGGGUGUAGAAAAAUCAAAUAACAUGCCAGAAGUGGUACAAUUAAGGAUGACUGAAAAUAUCCUGGAAGCAAAUAGUGUUACACCAUCAACGAGGGUUGAUAUUGCUGAUGAUGUUAUUAAUGCCAGUGAUAGUAACAAAGAUUGUUCAGAACCUGUGGCUGGCAGUAACUUAGAAAAUGAAGUUAUGCAGCAAGAUUUUGUAUUUGAAGAUCAAGAAAAUAACCAGUCUGUAGGUAUAAUGUUAGAGCCAUGUAGUGACCGUGGUGAUAGUGAAGAUGGCUAUCUUGAGAGGAAAGAAUAUUUGUUAUUUGGAAAUGAUAAAUCGUCACAUUUAAUUUUGGAGUCUAGUAGCAACAUACGUGAUUUGAAUGCUAACACUGAAUCAGAAAUGCAAGGAGGUCAAAGUGUUGGUGUUCAAGGGGAAGCAGCAUGUGUCCAAAUUCCACAUUUAGAUCUGAAGAAUGUUUCUGAUGGUGAUAAAUGGGAAGCGUCAUGCCCUAUCACUUUCCCCCUCAUUGAUUUCAAAACAAUGCAUCUGCAGAGAGAUGGGGAGGAGCCAUUUCCUGCUUUUAAGUCUUGGCAGGAAGACUCUGAGUCUGGAGAAGCACAGCUGUCUCCACAAGCUGGAAGAAUGAAUCAUCAUCCUUUAGAAGAGGAUUGUCCUCCAGUACUAUCACAUCGCAGUUUAGAUUUUGGGCAAAGCCAACGUUUUCUACAUGAUCCAGAAAUGCUGGAGUCUUCAUCUAAAGCACUUUCUUAUGCUAGGAUUCGAAGAUCAUCCUUUAGUUUAAAAGAUGAAAAAAGAGAAGAUAGAACACCUUACCAAUUGGUCAAGAAACUUCAGAAAAAGAUCAGACAAUUUGAGGAACAGUUUGAAAGGGAAAGAAAUAGCAAGCCCUCCUACAGUGAUAUUGCAGCCAACCCAAAGGUUUUAAAAUGGAUGACAGAGCUUACCAAACUGCGGAAGCAAAUUAAAGAUGCAAAGCAUAAGGGCUCAGAUGGAGAAUUUGUACCUCAGACACGACCACGUAGCAACACUCUUCCAAAAAGUUUUGGCUCUUGUCUAGAACAUGAAGAUGAAGAGAAGGAAAGUGAGGUCAGAGUCAUUCAGAAGGAGAAGAAACAAUCUAAAGAAGUAACUCUUGAACUGAUUUUGAAAAGAUUGAAGGAAAAACGUGUUGAGAGGUGUCUUCCAGAAGAUGUCAAGAAAAUGACAAAAGACCAUUUAGUAGAAGAGAAAACUUCUCUACAGAAAAGUCUUCUUUACUAUGAAAGUCAACAUGGAAGGCCGGUAACCAGGGAAGAAAGGCACAUUGUUAAACCUCUCUAUGAUAGAUACAGACUUGUAAAACAGAUGCUGACAAGAGCUAGCAUCACUCCUGUUCUUGGCUCUCCCUCUACCAAGCGACGGGGUCAGAUGUUACAGCCAAUCAUAGAAGGAGAAACUGCACACUUUUUUGAAGAAAUCAAGGAAGAAGAAGAAGAUAGUGUUAGUUUGUCCUCUGAGUUAAGUGAUAUCUUGAAAACAGCACUACAGGCACAGUCUUCAUUGGAAAACUCAGAGUCUGAUGUUGAAGAUAAUCAAGAAAAACUAACUCUGGAUCUCCGAUUAUCAAGUUCUCGGGCAGCGUCUAUGCCUGAACUACUGGAACAACUUUGGAAAGCCAGAGCUGAGAAAAAGAAACUACGCAAAACAUUACGGGAAUUUGAGGAGGCAUUUUAUCAACAAAAUGGAAGGAAUGCUCAGAAAGAGGAUCGUGUUCCAGUGCUUGAGGAAUACAAGGAAUACAAGAAAAUUAAAGCCAAGCUUAGGCUUCUUGAAGUUCUUAUCAGCAAACAGGAUUCUUCAAAAUCCAUAUAAAAAAAAAAAGUUCCUUGAAAAUUCACAUCAUAAAACCAGUUGUGUUCCUUGAAGCUUUCACCACUUAACUUGGUUGGCUGGUACUUGAGUUCAUUUUGUCAGGCACUCAGAGAAUCUCACUUUGUACUUGGUUGUGGUGCCAUUAAAGGAUGGGAGGGAAAGUAGGCCCUCUCUUGGGAGUGUAAGUGAUGUUCCAUAUUAACCAUAAAACUGUCUCUCCACCUUUAGCAAACAAGCAGUUUCCUUCAUUGUUAAGCAAGACUAGAAUUUUAUCCUUUGAACUUCAAGAACUUUGGAAAUACAAAGCUUUUAAUUUCCUUUUUUUUCAUUACUGAAGAAUAUUGAGAGGAAAUCUUCACGCUGGGUUCUUCAGUUGCCUUUUUUUUCUUACAGAAUGACUGAAAAUUUGAAAGAAAAGCCUAUAAAAAUGACAUAUGCAACUUCGUUCUGUUUUCCUAGAGAAACCAAAAUCAGACUGAAAUUUCAAGUCCUACUGUGGAACACUUUCCUGUUUAAUUCCAAAAAGUGACACAUUCGCAUAGGUAGUAUGUUAGCAAAAAUUUGCAGUUCAGUGGUCACACAGCUCUUGGAUGAAGAUAACAAUGGUUAGACCAAAAAGUGACCUUGCUAAUUUAUUAGUCUAUUGAAACAUACCACACAUCAAACACAGAAAUGAAUCAUAUCACAUGCUGCCUAUAGGACUUAAGUUACUGCUAUUCCUAAGUUACUGUUUAUCAGCUGGUGAUGUGAUUUUUCUGGAUCAGAUUCUGUGUCCCCCUUCCCCCCCCUCCACACACACACACACACACAUACCAGAUAAUGAGAAAAUAGCCAUGUCAGUAUGUAGGAACUCUGAUGGUGCUCAGAUUUGUGUGUUUGAUCAAAUGGGCCUAAAUUGGCAAAAUUAAAAUUAUGGCUAAGUAAAAUCUGUUCUUAACAAGGGCUAUACACCAUUGCAAUUCUUCAAGAACCUUCAGGGGGCUGCAUUGUUUCCCCCUUGUCUGAAUUAUCAAAGUGUGGACAAAAAGUCCCCUCUACAGCGAUUACCUUUUCUCACUCAUGCUUUUUAAAAGCAGUGCUUACAGGCUGUGUACUGAGUGGCAAUACCCCUUGUCCCUUGUCAUGUAUGGUAGCCUAUCUUUUUCUCUUUGGCUUUGCAUGCCUUUUCUUCAGGUAUUCUAAUUUUUCUGGAAUGGUGACUUGAUUCAAGCUUAAUGUGUUAAAUUUUUUUCCUGGUGCUUUUAUGGAUUGAUGAGUGUCUUACUUUGUGCCCAUGUUUUGCAUGCAGUGACCCAUGCAUGGUUUUCUUAACUAGUUAGUAUUAAAAGUUUGUCACAUACAAAAAUGAGAUUUUACAGCAUCCUUUAAUAACAUGAGGGAAGCAUGAACCUCAGCUUUUGGCAUUGCUGCGUAGAAGCACAUGAAGUAGCAUAAUAGUGUUUCUAGUACAUUUCUCAUGUGUGUGCAAUGAAUGCCUUUUUCAGGAGAGGGAAAAUCCAGUGAUAGUAAAUGUGUAGUUGGGGGAUUUUUAAAAAGCACUAAAUCCAGUCCUUAUUGUGUGGUUUCAUUUUGAUAUAACUAGGUUAUUCAUAAUGUAUUCCUAGAAAAGUAAAACUAAAAUGCCAAAAAAUUGUAUCAGUUUGAUUUGAAUCCAUCAUGUGGUGCACAUUUCAGUUAAUUUUUUCACUAUCCAGACAGUGUAACAUCUAAUUUUAUGUGCACUAUGAUGUUUUUUAUGAAUGUUUUAUUUUAUAUACCACAUGCAAAAAUGUCCAUGUGCACUAUUUAAAUGUUUUAAAUAAUAUAUUCCUUCUUUAUAAUGCUGAAUCUAUUUGAGUACCAUAUUUUUAUAAGUCAGUGGCCUGACUAGUUUGAUUUUAGCAUUAACAGCUACUUCCUGAUGUUAGUUCAUUGUUAAUAUUUAGCUGCAAGUAGAACAGGUAACAAUGGCAUGGCAGCACUUAAGCUUUGUACAGUAUUGUGUGUCAUAGUUGAACUGUAGGUGGUAGAAUUAGGCAGUUUGUGAUAGCUAUACUUUGGUACCAAUAAAAUCUAUAUAUACAAAUCAUAUAUAUAUAUAUGUGUGUGUAUAUAUAUAUAUAUAUAUGUGUGUGUGUCCACCAGUAUAAUUGCAUUGCUGUCUGGCACUUCAUUGUAUAGAGUUUUGUAAUAAAAGAACUUCAAUGUUCUAAGUCAUUGUAAAAUGCAUAUUUGUUUUCCCAAUAGAAAAUGUUAA